GGGGGUUGUUGUGACCACAAUUAAUGUGUUCCAUGUCAGAGGAAAAUGGUGGAUUUUUUAAAUUUUAAUUCCAUAUUAAAAUAUGUUGUGUAGGAAUUUUAUUUGGCACUUAAAAUGGAUUCACAGCAUCCUUUGGGCUUCAGCAGUCAUCCUAGUAUUCUAGAAGAAAUCACAAAUGGCUGUGAAAAAUUAAUCACUCAAACUCAAAGUGAUUUGGAAAUUUUUCGGCAGGAGCAACAUGAAUUCCUAAAGCAAAUACACAAGAUCCAAGAUGAAAAUAACGAGCUAAAUUCCAAACUGGAUGUGUUGAAAAAUGCAACGCAGGUUGGCGAGACGCGAGACGAUGCUACAAGGGAGAAAUUAACAAGUGAUGCUGUCAAAAAUGUUAUGAGACAAAUUGAAUAUUUACAAACUGAAAAUAAGGAUUUGAAAUUGUUGAAUGCAAAUUCUCAGAAGACUAUUGACAAUCUGGAAAAAGAAAUUCAGAAUUAUCGAAAUCAAUUAUUUAAUCCGGCAUCAGCGUGUGAGAUAAAACAGAAAUAUGCCACAGCCCUAAAACUCUUGGAAGGCACGGUUGUAAGUCAAAAAAGAGAGAUCAAGGAGCAAAAAGAAAUGAUCGAAAAUCUUUUUGGACAGAAAAAGCAUAUGACUCUUCAUAUUGAAAAACUGGAAAAAUCUCUUGAAGAAAAAGAAACCCAACUUUCAAAAUAUCAAGAACAGACCGAAAAUGUUCGUAAGCUGGAGAAACAGUUAAAAGAAUAUUCGGAGCAAAACAAAGAUUUGGAGAAAUCGUUGAAAAAUGCUAAACUUUCUAUUGAGGAAAGAUUCCGACGUGAACAAAUGGCCUUGCAGAAAGUACAAGAAGCAUUGGCCAUAGCCGAAGGUGCCGUGGCCGAUAAGGAAGAGGCUUUGAAGCGGGAGAAAAUUGUUAAAGAAGAAUGCGAUAAUAUUGCUUCUACAAUAGGUCACAUUAUGGAUGAGGCAGCGCGUAAGGUGGAAAAAGAUAUGGAGGCAAUUCGAAAGAAAUAUCUGGAAAAGGAACGAGUAUUAUUAGAAGAAAAAAGUAAGAUGCGCGAAGAAAUGCUCAAUCAAAACAAACUUUAUCAAAUACUCAAUACCAGAUGUAAUCGAUUUGAACAAAAUUACAAAGAUGCCCUUAAGGAUAAUGACAGGUUGACCAAACAAUUGGAGCUGGUGGCAAAAACAAUUAGUGAAAUGGAACAAAAAUUAUUACAACAGGAAACUAAUAACACAAAAAACAACAACAUGGACAGAAAAAAUUUAAGCGAUGAGGCAGAACAGGAAAUCAAAUACUAUAUGGAAACUAAUAAACAAUUACAAGAGAGAUAUCGCAUGACCAUACAAGAUUUAACCAAAUUGUUUGAGGAGCAAAUUUAUUCGCUGCAAACCGAAGUGGCAAAACUGAGAGCAGAAAACAAGAUUUUAAAGUCUCAUAGGCAGUGCAGCAAAACUUGAAACCCCGAAACGAGAAAGAAAGAAAUAUCAACGGUUGUGUGUACAUAUAUUUUCUAGCUAUAAUUGUUAAAUAUUCUAUACACUGUUUAUUUUUUAUUUUAUUUUGUAUGUUAAUAAAUACGACUUUGGAAAAGAAAACCAUAACAAAUAGA